GGGCUGUUUCCUUUGAAUGACUGGGAAGGGUGAGGCCCCCGCGGUGGCCCGGGGGUUGGGGCCGAGGGUCGCGGGCCCUCAGAGCACUGCGACCGGCAGAUACGCAGCCCCUGACUCCAAAUUUGGGUCUCAGAGGGCGCCAGGGCCCGCGUUCCUGGGAAGCCGGGCUUCCAAGUGGUCCUGGAUGGGGGGUACCAGCCCCGAUAUGAGGCCUGUAACCAGGUGGUCCCGGCCCCAGUGAGUGCCACCCGGCUUCUCGCAUCCCACUCUCGAUUUUCGAGGUUCAUCUCCCAAACGUCUGAUUCUGUGGCGCCUUCUCGUGCCCCACCCCCUUCCCCAUCCUACCGCCCUAGCUCGCACAAAAGGUCAUUUUAUUUAUUUACCUGUAAGACCCCCUCACUAAGCCUGGGCCCCUCGGGGCAGAGGCCAGGUGGAUCCAAAUCGCCCGGACUCACAGGAUGCCGCCCGGGGCCAGGGUGGCUCCCGAGAAAGGCGGAAAGGCCCACCCGGGAGGAGUUCGUGGCGCUGGGGCUGAGGGGCGGCAACUGGCGUGGAGCGCGGCGGGGCCCCGGAGACCUGGGAGCCGGGGGAGGCGGAGCUCCGCCCCGCCGGCACUGCGGGCUUCCCUCGCCGCAGCGGCCAGCUCCGCCCAAGCCCGACACCUGGGUGGGAUUCGGAGGCUGGGCCCCUCGCCUUUCCCAGAAUUCAGGCUUGCAGAGCGUCUGCAGGUGGUGGUUGCCCAACCACCUGCAACUGCAUAAUUCGGAACACUUGUUGAGAGUCCGGAUUCCCUGAUCCAGAUCGGAAGCGGGGGCUGGGGAUAAAGGGACUGGGAAUCUGAAUUUCAACGACGUAUCUUGGAGGAUGUCGCGUAUACUAGAUUUGGGGGCCAGGAGAUAAAGCAGAAGAGUGUAAGUGUCCCGGUUUGUGCCCCUAGCUCUCGACGCGUAAUAGCGCUCCUGCAAAGCUGCUUCCACGGAAAGGGAGCUGCGGGAAAUUCCUCUGGACACCGCCGACGUUGACAAAUCCAGUGUCCCUGGGCCCUUCCGGUUUUCCUGACAGGUUGAUUUCAAGUCAGCAUGUCCGCUUCAAUGAACGAAUGCCUUCAACUUCAGCUGCUGGAGAUGGAAAUGCUGUUUUCUAUGUUUCCUAACCAAGGAGAAGUAAAACUUGAAGAUGUCAAUGCCCUGACGAAUAUAAAGAGAUAUUUGGAAGGCACAAGGGAGGCACUGCCACCAAAAAUCGAAUUUGUGAUUACACUCCAGAUCGAGGAGCCCAAGGUGAAAAUUGACUUGCAAGUAACCAUGCCUCACAGCUACCCCUACGCAGCACUGCAGCUAUUUGGAUGGUCAUCCGAACUUGACAGACAACAGCAGCUCCUUCUCAACAAAGGUCUCACUUCUUACAUAGGGACUUUUGAUCCAGGUGAGCUGUGUGUGUGUGCAGCCAUCCAGUGGUUGCAGGACAACAGUGCCUCCUACUUCCUGAACAGGAAGCUCGUGUAUGAACCAUCUGCACAAGCAAAGCCAGUGAAGAACACAUUCCUCCGAAUGUGGAUCUACAGUCACCAUAUAUAUCAGCAGGACCUACGAAAGAAGAUUUUGGAUAUCGGGAAAAGGUUGGAUGUGACAGGAUUUUGCAUGACGGGAAAGCCGGGGAUAAUCUGUGUGGAAGGCUUCAGAGAGCACUGUGAGGAGUUCUAGCACACAGUUAGGCAUCCCAACUGGAAACACAUUUCCUGUAAGCAUGCCGAGAGUAUCGAAACCGAAGGAAACGGGGAGGACCUGCGCCUUUUCCAUUCUUUUGAAGAAUUACUUCUUGAGGCCCAUGGUGACUAUGGCUUAAGGAAUGACUAUCACAUGAAUCUGGGCCAGUUCUUAGAAUUUCUCAAAAAACACAAAAGUGAGCAUGUUUUCCAGAUAUUAUUUGGUAUCGAAAGCAAAAGUUCUGACUCCUAGGAAGCUAUUAAGAGACCUAUGCUUGUAAUCUCGCUAAGUUAGUAUUUCUGUUAGUAAGACCAAAAUAAAAGGACCAGUGGCUGUUAAGCAUCAUCUGUGGGGAACCUAGCUCCAGCAUUUUUCCCUGGAAAUGAAACACAGAAGGCUUUUAACUUUAUAACAGUGCAAUUGUGAUGUUACCUCUAUGUACUUGUGUUAACUGAAAGCUAUUUAAUGGUUAAUUAAUAAAAACCUGUCUAUCAGUUAAACCAGUGAAGCUAAUUUGAUUAAAAAGGAGUCCAAAGCCCAGUUUAAUGGCAGUAGUCAAAUUGCAGCUCCGAACUCAUAAAUAUGAAUAACAUUUCUCGUUUUCAUGUUGCUAGCAUGCAGGUGACACCCCACAUUUUUCUAAGUCAAGUUUAAAAUCAGAACAAAGAGAGAGCAUGUGUUUACCACGUUUCUCACUUUAACUUAAACUCCCUGUUUGGGGUUUUUUCUUUUCAUAAAGCCAAAUCCUGACUAAUGGUGGUGACACCACGCCGUGUUGUUACAUCGGUUGAUUGACAAUACUAAGGGUCAUGUACCACUAUUCUUAGUUGGGUUCUUCUCCACAGAACAAGAUGUGGUUUCUUGUCCACGCAGCCCCACCGGUAGUGCGCAUGGGUCUUCGUCCCUGUUCCAGCUUGCAUCGCCCUGUGGGGCAAGGAGCUUGGGAGAGGACCACUGUGGAUGUCCCUGUACCAUCACCUUCCUAGAGGACAAAAGUCAGGCUCUACAUUUUGCUGAUGUCACUGCCAUCUCUUCUGAAACUUUCAAGCUCCACAAGCUUCACCUGCCUGCUUCAAACUGAGAGUUUAACGAUAAUAGCUCCUAUUUAAGUAGC